AUGUCUAAACCCUGGAUCUUUGUAUCGCCCUCGAGCCGCGGCAUCGGCCACGCCGUGACACGACACCUAUUACAAAAUACCAGCCUGCCCAUUGUUGCAACAUGCCGAUCCCGUGACACGGCCGCAACCAAGGCGUCGCUACUAGACAAGCUCCCGGCAUCGACAGUACAAAACCAGCACGAAAAAGAAGACCACGCCUCGCGUCUCGUGGUGUUGCGGCUUGACGUGACGGAUGAGCCAUCAGUCCGGGACGCCGCAGAACAGGCCGCAGAGCUGUUCCCCCGGGACUCGCAUCACCUACACCUCGGCGUCGCUAUCCCAGGCAUCCUCCACCCGGAAAAGAGCCCGUUACAGGUAGACUAUAGCAAGGCCGAGGAAACAUUCCGGGUCAACACCCUGGGCCCGCUGCUCUUGAUGAAGCAUUUUGGAGAGUUCCUGCCCCGGAAACGAACAGAGCUGCUCCUUCAAGGCGCCGUCGACGGCCAAACCAUGGAAAAGGACCAGCUCCGCCUUCCCCGGCACGCCACGUGGCUCACCAUGUCGGCGCGCGUGGGCUCCGUGUCGGACAACCGGCUGGGCGGGUGGUACAGCUACCGGGCGAGCAAGGCGGCCGUCAACUCGCUCACCAAGACGUUUGACCUGCACCUGCGGCAGCGCAGCGGCGACCGCGCCCUCGCCUUCGCCUACCACCCGGGCACGGUCAAGACGGGCCUCAGCCGCGAGUUCUGGGCCGGGGUCCCCGAGGACAAGCUGUUCAGUCCCGAGUUCGCGGCCGAGCGGCUGUGCGCCGUGGCGGCGUCGAGGAGUAGCACAGGCGAGCAUCAUCGUGGGCGCGUCUGGGACUGGGAUGGCAAGGAGAUUGUGCCAUGA